AUGGGUGACCCGUGCGAAUGCUUCUUCGAUCAUGAGGCUGCCAUGCAGCGUCUUUUGUCGUUGCUCCGCGACAAUCAGCACAUUUGCACGGAUUCGAAUUGCACCAGCGAUGGCCUUCCGGGUGUCGCGGGAACACCAUCAUUGAUGAUUUGGACGAUGAUGUGGGCGAUUAUGGCGAUGGGAUUAUAUUUUUUGCGACCAAAUUCAAUGCGUAGCGGUUCGAAUCAACAGAAUGAGGCACUUUUGGAGAAGCCGACGAACAGCGGUGGUGGAAAUAACAACGAUCAACCACCGCCGCCACCUCCACCGGUUCUUUAA